AUGUCGCAACCUAUUGGACCUGUCUUUCUGCAUUCCUGCGCGGCCUAUGGCCGCUACCUGCAAAAGGGGGCCGCUGGUGAACUGAGUCUUCCCCCCUACGAGCAGGCGAUAGAUGGAUCGAUCAUCGUGCGUUAUGGGGAAGUCUUUUGUCGGAUUCCCGGCUGCGAAUAUGGCCAUAUUCCUAUAUCCAACACUAGGGCUCUGCGCAACCACCUCCGCAACCAUGGCGCUAUGGUGGCCCGAAACCCCUCCGGCCGUAUCAGCCAGGGAGUCCAGGAUGCAGCCGUAGCCUGGUUCCAGGCAUUAUUCCCCGAGAACGAGCCGCGUGAUGAGGGAGCUCAUCAAGACAAUGAGGGUGAAGGACAACACAAUGAAGGCGAGAAGUAA